UCGGGCAUGCACCUAAUUUGUUUUUUUCUUUAAGUUGGAAAGUUACUAUUUAAUUGUUAAUUAAAAUAAUUAAACAAGAAGGCUGUGCAGAUUUUAGGAUAGGACUUACUACUUAGCCUAUUCAUUGUGAUCACGAGUUUUACUCUCUUUUUUUCAAAAUUGGAACAGAGUCCCCAAUCACCGACCCGAUCUAGGAUUCAGAUUCCAGAUCUGAUAUAUCUUUUAAAUAUUUCUUUAUCUCUAAGGCACUACAAGAGAUAUAUAUGGCAGAGAAGAAGGAGACGACGCUCGACGACGCAGAGGAGGAUAGCUCAGUGGUGGUCUGCAACAUGUUUCGCUUCUUCGAUCCAGAAGACGACGCUGUGGAGGUGAAAUUGAUUUUGCCUUUGCUGAGGGUAGAAUGGAAAGACCGUGUUAUUUUCAAUGGCCCUGCCAUCAACGAGAUGAAUGGACGGCACAACACCAAGAACAACAAGAAUCGUGUCAGGAAGAUGGAUCUUAGCCAUCUUAAGGCUACUAUAACACGGACCAAGCAAUUGAUCGGACAAGGCUUUCGAAGAUUUACAAGCUGGUACCUUUAUGCAGUGAAUAUGGUAUUCACGAACCAUAUAUGUCGGGUCAAGAACGCCUCAAGUGUUCCUUUGAUGUGCGUAGUGAAAGUUCAUCUGUACGAAUUCGUUUUUCCGGGAGGUCAUAAUUAUGGCGUGACACAUCGAUGGAUGCUCUUCGACAAAAAAAAGAAAAUUCGGAGAUGGAUAGUCGGCCAUGAGUUAAUGCCCGGAGAUUAUAUGGACGUGCGAUGUUGGUCCACACGGGGCACUUCUGUAAGCUACGCGUGUCUCCAUGUUUACCCGAAGAUAGCAGGAGAGUUUCCUUUCCAUAUGUAUGGAUCCGACGAAGACAAAAUUGUCUAUCCCAACGGAGUUAAGGCUGUGGAUGUGGCAGGAUUCUUCAAAGCUUGGUGCUGGGAUGGGCCAUGUGAAAUGUCACUCACUUGGAAGGGCAAGGGCAAGGUGAUCGGUCACGUAAUGGGCAAGGAGAUAAAAUCAGUUAUUUAUUGAUUUAAGUAUCCGUGCUCUUGUUAAGAUUGGAGAUUCUC